CUUACAGAGCCAGCCCACAGACAUCGGCCAAUCCGUCUCCAUCGACACACCCACCACACCCACCCACGCAACAGCCGAUAGACAAAAAUCUCCCCCAACCCACCCGAGACAAACAUUCGAAAGAGGCAAGACACAUACAUACACCAGGCAGACGCCCAUCCAUCAUUUAGAUCAUUGAGUUGACGGCACGUAGUAGUUGAAUGUGUCGCGUUCGGGGUUAGAUCGCUGCGCGUUCGCACGUGACGUCUCGUUGUACUUGUUGGCCAGCCUCGCCUUCUCCUCAAGGUCUUCAUCGAACAGCCACAUCCGGGCCAUCCACAACCGAUCUGACACGCCCUGGCUCAUGUAAAGAACACCUGACACACACACCACACCAGCACAUUGCACCACAUGGCAGGUGAGAGAAGGGUGCCAUGCAUCCGUGCGUGGCUGUGCGUGCGUUGUUCUUGUCUCCUCUCACCGUCGCGAACGAGCGAGGGGAAUUCGAGCCAGAAGGCGACGUUUGGGAUCAUGUCGAUGCCUCUCGCGUUGUGCCGCUCCUGCUUGAGGUAGAUGCCGAUCGACACGUACAAGGCGGCAGCAACCAACACACAUAUCAGCAAAAAGGUCGCCUGCACACACACACACACACACAUCCACAACACACACACAAUCUCAUCCCGCUCCCUGCUUCAUUGUGUCUGACUGUCUUGCUGACCGGUCCCAGCCGCCUCCUGCCCGAGUGCGGUGUGACGUGGUGGUGGCUGUGAUGCCCGUGGUGCUCGCCAUGGUGCCGGAAGUACCCAUGAGACGGGUGCAUGGCGUGGUGGUGGUGAUAGGGGUGGUGCGACUCCCCAGUGGCGAUGUACGACUCCUCCCCUGGCGCCACGCCAUGGACCAUGUGGAGGUUGGGGUGGUGCCCAUGGUGGGGCUGAUGCUGAUGGUGGGCAUGCUGGUCGCCCUCCAGAUGAGCCACAGCCAUGUGCGGGGACCCCUCGUGGUGGGCGUGAUGGCCUUCUUCGAGUCUUCUCUCUAUGUGGUGGUGCUGCGGCAUGGUGUGGGGAUGGUGUGGGUGGUGGGGGCCGUGGGGGUGCUGGUUGACGUUGUAAGCGUAGUAGAAGGGCUGCUGGGUGGUGGGCUGAUAGCUGAGGAUGGUCUGAUAAUCGGCGUCAGUCAGCUGAUGGCCGGGAAGGAAGAUCAGCGGACACCUGAACCACACACACACACAGAUCUCUGUGUGUAUGUGGUGGUAUAUGUUUGAUCUCACCCGGCAGGUCCCCUCAGUUCGAAUGUGUAGUGUGCCGAUCCUCGACCAUCCACUGCGUCGAAGAGGCCCUCAGGCCGCGAGGGGUCACACUUGAAGUGAAUCGACACUCGGUGGUGUUCGCUGGUGUGCUGGUAGGGAUCGCCAUCGAAGUACGUCUGAACGAGUACCGACACAUAUGGACGUACAGAAUGGGCGUUGCCGUGGAUGGACACUUUUCUGUGGUUGAUUAACUGACUGACUGACUGACUGACCAGUUCCAGCCCUCUGGUGGCCAUGUAGUGGUCGAUUGGCCGCAGAUCCAUGUGCCCGACAUGCCCCAGCAGCCGGCAACCUGCACACACAGAUGGAUGAAUGGAAUGGACAAUACACUCACUCCACACACUCGACACACUCUGCGGCCGACUGCCUCUUCCUUCCAUCUCACCGACCGUGAAAUCCGGCAGUGUUGGUCUUGGACUCCAUCGCUGGUGUGGCCAUGCCGUCACACGCCUCAUUGAGGUCACGGAACACAGCAAAGCGGUAGCAAAAGGUCUCAGUGGCGUUGCCGGCCAUGCACCGCUCGAACUCCCCGGCCCUCUCGACGCCACACAGAUUCCCUGCAGGCACCAACACAACAGAAACACACACUCGCCUGGCGUCGUCUGCUUGUCCCUCCCUCCCUCUAUCCCUGUCUACAAACUUACACGUGUAGUGGUUGAAUGGCGACGACCAUUCCACGAUGCAUGGGUGCUUGCCGUUCCUCACAGCCGGUGCCUCGAGCUUCUUCAGGUAGGCCUCGUGCUCGGGGAUGCCGUGUUGGAGGUAGUGGGGCUGCUGGCUGUCGUGGUGAUGCUCACUCGUGUGCCACGAUGAGAGAUCACCCGCUUCGUUCGCCAGAGAUGCGACGGACGCGAUGGCGACCAACGUCAGGCCUAGAAGAGCCUUCAUCUUCUGCAUUUAACACCCUCGUGCGAUGCGACCUCAAGG